AUGCACAAACCAAGAUGUAUAAACACAUGCAAUGCUUUCACACAUUUGCCUUCACACAUAGUUCUGCGCUGGGGAGUCCAGGAAGAGGUGUCACCGCUUCGGGGAAAGUUCGAUAUUGCGAUGUGUGCUGAUUGCUUGUUCUUUGAUGAGGGAAGAGAGAGUCUCCUGUACAGCCUGCUUGCUGUACUGCGCCCGGGUGGAACAGCGCUUGUUGUUGCUCCAGCACGCAGUGGAACCUUCCAGAUGUUUGCCUCCAUGUGUAGACCACACUUCAGGGUUGUUGUGGUUGAAAAGUACGAUGGCAUCGUGGAUGAUCAUGUCCGAAAGUGUGCACAAGACCCACACUACAACGAUAACCUCCACUUUCCACUGCUGAUGAUACUGAAGAAGCUGGGAAACAGUUGAGCUGUUGUGUGCAGCUAUUUGCAAGAUGUCUGUUGGCAUACUCCUGUAUAAGACAUUUGCUUGGUUGCAACCAGAUUUUCACUCAGUUUACUUUUUUGUGUGGGUGGCGUGUGUGUGCCAAUUUUGCGUGUGAGUGCUAACUUGUGUGCUUGCAUAAGUGUGUCUGUGUCAUGGAGUAUAGCUGGUGUUUGGUCUUUACAGACAAUCAGUAUAUGUAAUGUCUAAAGUAUUCCAUACUUUGUUUUCCUACUACAGUAUUAAUGAUCUUUAUAUAAGUGAUAGUAUGGCUGCCUUGCAUGCAUAACCACAAGAAUUCUAUCCCAUUCUUAGAACUCUGUGCAAAUGGAAAAAAUGAUCGAAGAAAAAUGUGGACUGAUAAGAUCUGACUUUACUUUGAUAUUCAAGAAAAAAUGCCCAUGGUAGGAUAUGUAUCUAGAGUGGGAUAGAGUGCAGAAAUAGUAUUAUAUCAGUUUCUGGUGAUGUUAAGAGAAGGCCAUGGAGACAAACUUGUAAACUCCAUAUCAUGAUUAAUAGCAAGAUUGCAUCAGGCAGUUGUUGUGACAACAGUUAUGUUGGUGACCUGUGUUUAUUGGAUCAGGUACAAAUGCCUGUCAUCACACUUUAGCAUGUGAAAGUGUGUCUUAUUUAACUGUGGCCUAUUGCUAUGAAAUGUGCUUUACGUAUUAUUAAGAAGUCUUUUGAAACAUAAGGUCAUCAAAACUAGAUGAACAGUAUUAGCUACAUGGUCUGAAACUCACUGCCAAGGUGAGAUGUCCCAUAAAAGACAUGAUUAAGGCUGUGAAAUCCAAUCAUGUUUCUUAACUAGUCAGGAUUUUAAACUUAGCUUGUAUUCCAUUGUUUUGUGAAAGAAGAUGCAACUUUUUAAAGGGGAGAUAUGACAUGAAUUCAUUAUGUUAUUCUAAUUGGCCAUUUUAGCUAGAAAAGUUGUGUGCACUUGUAUCACAGCCUUUUUAUUUUAUUAUUUUCCCGCUUUCAGAGAGUCCAAUAUUAGUAUGACAAUAAUGUGUUGACAAUACUGUGUGACAAGAACAGAUAGGUAGCCUGAUUUUCUUGCUUGCAUAUCAAAGCUGUACAUUUCAGGCAUUAAGGCUCUGUUGUUGUUUCUGUCCUCUAGUGAUCUAGUCAAUGUCUAAUCCGGGGCAACUCUAGACAAGGUUCAUUUUGCACAUUGCUUCUUCACUGACACUCAUCCUAAGCUGUAUUCUGCAUUAUUUUCAUUUGAUGUUUUGUUUGAUCUACAGGUAAGCUGCCUUUUCAGGAGACAGCCAAGAUUUGCGGAAGCAAUCAUUAAGAUAUUUAUGCAGAUUAAGUAGUUAGUCUCUAUACUCAGUUUUAACAUGUCCAGUAGGAACAUUUCCGUAACAUAAAUACAGGCUUCUACCAACAGAAGCCAUUUAAAAAUGGCCACACCUUCAACCUGAGAUGGUUUAGGUGUGAGUGAAAAUAGGUGUUAGAUGAUUGGUUAUUACCUGCUCAUGAGUAUGAUGUACAUGAAAAGAACAGGUAAACUAAUGUGCUCAAUGGAUCUUACAGUUCUCUCCAUAGAAAAUGGCUGCAGAACUGAAUUGAAUAUGUAUCUGAAUUUCUAAUUACUCCUUAGUGUAAUGGCAGCAAAUAAUUUUUUUUAGGAAAUCUGCUAACUUAGUGAAUAUGCAAGGACAAAAUUAUAUUCAGUCAUGCAUAGUUAACUUAGUAUGCUAAGAGGACCAUGCACUAUGCUGAAGGAAUUUUUACUGUCAUUUAGGUCCUUGAGUACUUGUUACAAAAUGGCCUUGCUGUGAGUGAUAAUUGUAAUUAUCAUUAAAAGCCUUAGUGAGAAACUGGAUGAAUCAUGAGAAAAUCCAGUUAUCUGAAAUAUGUAUAGGCAUUUUUUUUUUUAUACUAAUUCUUGUGCAUCUGUUCAGACCAGAUUUAAAGCUCAAGCCUUAGGUGUCACCAGGGCAGCAAUGGGACAUGUGUAUUGAAAAUGUUCCCAAAGCAGUAUUAUGUUCUUAUAUAGGUUCUGGCUGAUUAUGAUGAAAUCUACCUUGAUAACUACUUUGUCUUGUAAAGAGUUUUAAGCUACAUCAUCCAAGCAGUCUUACAAUAGUGCCUAGACAACUAAUAGAAAUGGACAGAAAUGUUUACAUGGGAUAAACUCAAAAGCAUGAGUAUUGGAGAUUUCCUCUUUGAUAAAGUGUUAUUGUGCAAGUUUCUCUGAAGCUCUGUUAUUCACCAUGGAGUCUUUUGAGCUGAACAGAUGAUAGAGUUGUUAAUCGUGUAGGUUAUUCAUGCAUCCUAACUGGAUGAGACUGAUAUAUUCAGGAUAAUUAUUUUAAUACCCAAGUGGUUGUUUGUGACAUCAGUGGCCUUUACUAGUCCAAUGUGUCACUGUCAUUACAUGGUUGUUGUUGAUGUGAUGAUUAUUGUGUCAGUUGUUGUUGAUAUUGUUUAUUAUUGUUGUGAUUUAUCAUCAGCAUUAUCAGAGUGAUUGUCAUUUCCUCCACUUUUUUCUCUUCAUCUUUUGCUUUCUCUUUAAGUGGUUGAUAAUGUGUAUGUGUAAUGGCUGUAUUAUGUUCCAGAUGAUAACAACUGAUGGUCAUGAUGAUAAUGAUGAUGAUAAUGCUGUUGAUGUUAUUCCUGCCAAAUUUAGAUCUGUUUAUCAAGAGCACCACGACUGAAACAUGUUGCUGUGUGCUGUUCCAUCCAUCCAUUGGACUUACAAUAGUAAUAUAUGCCUACUCUUUAUUUAUGUAUAAUUUGUAUCACAUUGUUUUCCUGCUUGCUGAUGUUUAAUCAUGCUUUUUGGUUUGUUGAUUAUUUCCAUUCUUAUGG